AUGGACCGACGCAGCAGCGACAACAACGAAGCACCGCGCCAGCCGAGCAACCCCGAUGUCUUUGACGACGACUACGAAAUCGACCCCGACGAGGAUGAUUUCAUGCCCUCCGUCUCGGAUGGCUUCCGACCAGCCAACGCGAGCCAGCCCUGGCAGGGCGACCGCCAAAAUCACGACCGGAUAGACGCGCUGCAACGACAACCAUCGACAUCGAAGGCGCCCGAGAAUCACCAGAGCGACCUGCGAAGGACGGCAACGCGAAACAGCACGGCCAAGGUGCGGGAUUCGAUGACGCAAGACGGUGGCCGACCGCCCCUCAACCGAGGGCCCAGCCACCACAGGCCCCUUGGACAUCGCGACUCUGUGAGCUCUGCGGGAUCCUUUGCGACGACGAGCAAUUCCGAGAACCCGUUCGAGACGGGCCCGAGCCAUCCAUAUGGCAUGUACCCGCAGCUAUCAAUGGCACGGCCACUCAGCGUAGCAACGAGCUCUACAGAACGCCAACCACAUCGAUCAAUGUCACUGCAGCGGCCGACACAUCCCUAUGCUAUGUACUCGCAAAGCGGCAUUGUCGACGAAGAGUCACCGGACGAGCCAGCCCAGCCACCUCCACCUCAGGUCCAGUCGACUAUUCCCGUAGGAUUUCCGGGCCUGAACAACGGUUACCACAGAGUGCUUGGGCCGGAUGGCGAGGAGCAGGAUAUCAUCGGACCCGACGGACACACCGAGCAGCUGCCACCGUACUCGAGAUAUCCAGAGGAAGGACCCACCAAGGCUUCUUUGGCAGCCGAGGCAAGCGCGUCGUCGCGUGUCAUACCCGCGCCCGUCCAAGUUGACGCAGAGGAUCCUUUCAACACACCCGCAUCUCCUGUCUCGCCGAUGAGCACUACCUCGUUCUCGCCCUCCCCUCUACCUGUCGUUCCUUUACUACCGUCUGUCACACCCGCCCGGUUGCCACCUCAGAGACCGGAAACCCAAACCGGCAAUCUUGCGGCUAACAACUCUGCCGCUGCACAAAGCAGUACCGUACCAGCAGAACCCUCUGACUCGUCCUCGGCAUCUCUACUGGCGUCUGAGAACCACUUCUCGGAGAAGGCGGAGCCAGUCGAAGGCAAGGUCAGCUGGCGUAAGAGGAAACUAUGGGGAAGGGUGCCUAUGGGCGUCGCGCUUGUGGUUCUUGUCCUUAUACUAGUAUUCUCUGUCGCCCUCGGAGCAGCCAUUGGUACCUUUGCUGCCAAGAAACACAAUGAUGAUGACGACCAGAAUGAAAAUGGCAGCCCUCAUGAGGAAGCACAACCGCAGGUUACGGGUCAAAAUGGAUCGCUUUUCGACGCCGUUCCCAUCUCAACACCGUCUGGCCUCUUGCCGCUACCAACAGGAUCCUUCGCCCUUCCUCUGGGCUUACCGCAAUACGGACAGUCGGGAUGCUUAACACAAGCAAAUCAGUAUUCUGCAUGGUCAUGCAGGAUGACUUUCGCUCCGCUUGUCAUAACUAUCAAUGAUACCGUCAUUGGUGGUGAGAUUCAACAAGUUGCGUCCAUGGGUAGCGGACCUUCGGUGCCGUCGAACUCUAUACUAUAUGGCCUCCAGACUCCUGUGCUUGAUACUAAGCCGAUGGAGUUGGUACUUGAUUUGGAUUUCAAAGCCUACGGUCCAGCCUAUCAUUUUUCUGCUCGAUACGAUAAGCUAGUCAUCUUGUCACCCACCGAGCUCAGUACCGGGUCAGGACUCUCAAAACGACAAGAUGAGAAAUACAGACAGCGCUUCAAGGUUCAACCUGGUGAUACGCCCUGGUAUUGCUAUUGGAACGAGACAUACAUCGAGGGCUACAUCUACGCUGACGACAACUCGACGGCAGCCACAUUUACCUCGUUCCCUACCCAAUGGCCCACGCCUACACCCACGCCCGACCCAACCGACGAUGCGGCUGUAAAUGUUGCUGUCGCUGUGCCGACUGAGAGUAGUGUCUCUACCAGCUCUACACAAACUACUACCGCGUCUCCAACGAAUUCCCCUGUCAACCUGGCCGCCCCGUCACCCGUUCGCGCUCGAGAUUCCGAGUCAGAUGCUUCUUCAGCCCCUCGCAUGGCACCUUAUCCCCGGAUCGUCAAGAUAGAAGAACGCCGGCUCCCUGGGGCGUCACAACCAUACUGUCAACAGAUGCUCAUGCUCGAUAACGGCGAGAUAGUAACAUCACCUAGCCCGAACGACAGCCCAAUCAGAAUAUGGCUACAAGAGUCAGAUCCCAGCUACGAAGAGUACUUUGCCGCUCAACCUUCGCAAACCAUCACAUUCGACAGGAAGAGCAAGCGCGAGAACCUUGUUGAUCUUCAACGCCGCGUAGACCCUGAUGAUGCUUGUCACUGUCAGUGGAUGUUCAAGUAA